UGGCCGCGCCCUGCAGCGGGUCCAGUGUUGUGCAAACGAGUGGAGAUGACAGUUGAGGAGGUGCAGGUUUUGGAGACACUGAAGCAGAAACACGUCCCACAAACUCAAAGCCAGGCUCCUCUGUACCGCUGAAAUGAGCAAGGACGAGCUGAUCCUCCCCAAAGACUUCCCCAAGCUUCAGAAUGACACGUUCCUCAGAGCAGCACGAGGAGAAGAAACCAAGCAUGUCCCUGUGUGGUGCAUGAGGCAGGCAGGGCGGUACCUCCCAGAGUUUCGGGAGUCCAGAGCUGGAAAAGAUUUCUUUGAUACAUGUCGCUCACCAGAAGCCUGUUGUGAACUCACUCUGCAGCCCCUCAGACGUUUCCCAUUUGAUGCUGCCAUAAUCUUUUCUGACAUUUUAGUGGUACCCCAGGCCUUGGGUAUGGAUGUACAGAUGGUUGCAGGUAAAGGGCCUACAUUCCCUGACCCCCUAAAGGACCCCGAAGACCUGCAGCGGUUACGCCCCAAAGUGGAUGUAGAGAAGGAGCUGGGAUAUGUCUUUCAGGCCAUCACCCUGACCAGGCACAAGAUCGAGGGAAAAGUGCCACUCAUCGGAUUCACUGGAGCUCCAUGGACCUUGAUGUCAUACAUGAUUGAAGGCGGAGGCUCUAACACUCACUCUAAGGCCAAACGCUGGUUGUACCGACACCCAGAGGCCAGCCACAUCCUGCUGAAGAUGCUCACAGACGUCAUCGUGGAGUAUUUGCUAGGACAGGUAGCAGCAGGGGCACAGGCUCUGCAGGUGUUUGAGUCCCACGCAGGUAUUCUGGGCCCAGUUCAGUUCAAGGACUUUUCCCUUCCGUACCUCCGAGACAUCGCCAAACGAGUCAAAGAAAAACUCAAAGAGACAGGCCAGGAUGUUCCCAUGAUUGUUUUUGCAAAGGAUGCUCAUUAUGGCCUGGAGGAUCUGUCCCAGUCUCACUAUGAGGUGGUGGGACUGGACUGGACCAUUGACCCCCGAUCAGCACGGGAGCGUACAGGAGGGAAGGUCAGUCUACAGGGAAACAUGGACCCCUGUGCUCUGUAUGCUCCAAAGGAUCGUAUUUCAGAGACUGUUCAGAAGAUGUUGGAGGGAUUUGGCACCAGAGGUUACAUUGCCAACCUGGGUCAUGGCCUGUACCCAGACAUGGACCCAGAAAACGUGGGCGCUUUUGUAGAGGCUGUUCACCAACAUUCAAAACGGAUGAUCAAACAGAUUUAAUGAUGGGAGUACACUUCCUCUACCACUUAAGUUUAGCAUAUUAGUGAGGCAUAAUGUUAUAACCACAUGUUUUUAUUUUUGCAUCCUACAAGUCACUAUUUGUACAAGGGUGUAUUCCUAUAAUAACAUUUUCAUAGACGGACAACUGUAGACCAAAAAGGCCCCAUCAAAGUAGCUAUUUUGGGCGUGAUUUGGCCCCAGCUGUCUAUAUAUUGCCCUUUAGUAAAAAUAACUGAAACAUCAUUGGUUAUAAUUUUAUGCCUGAUAAGUGUUCAUAAAUCAUGCAUAUUUAAUUAGAGGAAGCUAUUCCAUGUUAUUCCACACAUUUGCUUUGAACUGCACUAAACAUACAGUAUAUCAGUGAAUUAUGCCACAAUCAUUAUAAAUAAAUCUGCCCUGCCAAAUGCUCAGAA